GCUCCGCAGGCAGUGCCUGAACAAGGCGGAGCCUGGAGGGUCCACGGGUCCCAGUAGCCCCAGCACAAGUGACUUGGACGCCGCCGCCUCCUGCCCGCACUAUGACCCAGCCCGUGCCCCGGCUCUCUCUACCCGCCGCGCUGGCCCUGGGCUCGGCCGCGCUGGGCGCCGCCUUCGCCACUGGGCUCUUCCUGGGGCGACGGUGCCCUCCGUGGCUAUCCCGGCGAGAGAAGCGCCUGCUGCCGCCUGAGGACAGCCCCCUGUGGCAGUAUCUGCUGAGCCGCUCCAUGCGGGAGCACCCGGCACUGCGGAGCCUGCGGCUGCUGACCCUGGAGCAGCCGCAGGGGGAUUCCAUGAUGACCUGUGAACAGGCCCAGCUUCUGGCCAACCUGGCGCGGCUCAUCAAGGCCAAGAAGGCGCUGGACCUGGGCACUUUCACAGGCUACUCAGCCCUAGCGUUGGCCCUGGCGCUGCCCCCAGCCGGGCGCGUGGUUACCUGCGAGGUGAACGCAGGGCCACCGGAGCUGGGGAGGCCCCUGUGGAGGCAGGCUGAGGAGGAGCAUAAGAUCGACCUUCGGUUGAAGCCCGCCCUGGAGACCCUGGAUGAGCUCCUGGCCGCUGAUGAGGCCGGCACAUACGACAUGGCCGUGGUGGACGCAGACAAGGAGAACUGUGCUGCCUACUAUGAGCGGUGCCUGCAGCUGCUGCGACCUGGAGGUGUCCUCGCUGUCCUCAACAACUGUCAGCUCAGCCUCACCUCUGCAGUGGAGGCCCUGGUCAGUGGACACCACCUCUGAGAAUCAGGCCACUUGGCUUAGCCCUGAAGACUUCAAUGUUGACUUAAGUAUGUAUCUGUUCUCCCCCUGACACCCUGGAGGAAAGUGAGGGACCAGGUAGGAUCAUUGGUCAGAGAGAUGUGAAGCAGACAGGCCUAUAAUACAGUAAACGACCAUCAGUACAGCAAUUUUUAACAAGCUUCCCAGAGGAAGAUGAAGGGAAAGUUAGGCUUUCCAGCACCAACAUCUAUGAGCAGAGAUGGAAAGGGAGCCAGGUGCUUCACUUCUUUUGUUUACAUCUCCCCAGUGCCACAGAUCUUAUCUCCAGUCCACAAGUGAAUACCAGGCUCAGAUCUAUUUUCUUUACACUAACACAUGUCAGACAGAAGUGGCAUCAGCCUAUAAUACACUUAGGUUUUGCCACCACCUGGUUAGGCCUCAGUGGUGUACACCUGAAAGCUGGUACAUCCAGGGUCACAAGAGCCCACUGCUGGUGCCUUUAAUAAUCCUACAGCUCCACUGUAAACUUACCCUUCUCUCCCAUUCACGAAAGCUUAAGAUGCACACGGGUGAGUAGGUCCACUUUACUGUAAAUAGGUCCCUGACAAACUGGUAACUCACUCGUGCCACACCAUACGGUCACACCCCUAGUCCAAAGUAUUGGACCUGUUGAACCCCAGCCACAGCAUGAGGGUGGGCCACCAGUAGCUGAAGGGCAGCAGCCAUCCAGAGGGGUUCAGAUGCCCCCAGUCCUAUGAGCAGUCUCCUCCCUGCUGAGCACCCCAGCAGCCUGAGUCUGCCACUCUACUUCGCACUUCUCUCAUCUAUCCCAAACACACGUGAGGUGCUUCACACCUAGUGUGCACAGACAUCUUCCUGUUUUUCCUCUUACCUAGCAAGAGGCCCUGACUCAAACUGGUUCCAGGUCCAACUUUCUGCUAUCAAGCAUGUGCGUGUUGUUCACGUGGGCCAUUCCAGCCAGUCCCUUAGACCAGAGACACCAAAAUACGUGAAAUUUUGUUAGGCUUUCUCAUCUCAUCAGGUUCUUCUGACCUGGAAAUGUUCAGAAUGUGUCACUUUUUGAGCAAUGGGCCUUAAGGUAUACCACAUUUUCUUACUUGUUCUCAGGUUUCAAACUGUAUCUCGGGUCUAACAUUACAAAUCUGUUGAAUAGAUCUCCUUCUCUAACCUUUGAUCAUAUCCUUCAAACUAUCUCUUCCCAUCAAAAAAGUUGCUCUGCUUUCCCAACUGGAAAUCACCUGUUUAUUUCUAUCACUCAGCCCAAGUUCAGGUGAAGGUUAAUGGCCACAAAGACUGAAGGCAUUGCCUCUGGUCUCAAAUGUAAGCCCAAACUUUUCACUGUCUGACUAGACAGAAAUGAGUGAUGACCUCUCCCUGGGCCUGUAUAAUCCCCUCACAAUCCCUCUGGCUAGUGACAUUGUCUAUACACCUUACUCCAUUUCCCUACAUCUAGGCCCAUUCCACCUAUUAGGGCCUGGCUCAUUUCCCAUUGCAGCAGCCUGCAGGGUGACAUGUAUACUUUUAACUUUCACACCAUCCCUUCAUUUAACUAACUUAAUUGCUUACUCUCCAGUGCAACCUGAGGUUAACAAUUCAGUGAUGUUGCACAAACUUACAAACUGAAGAUAUAAAGGCAUGUAUCCUCUUACUGUAGUCUAAAAAGCUCAUCAGAGUUGCUGUAAGGACACAGAGGACUUUGUGGCACAGAUUCAGGUAAAAGGCAAAAUGCUCAGCUAGAUACCAGAGAGAUUCUACCUUAGCUGGCAAAUUUCUAACUCUGCAAAUACUUGGGACUCACUAAUUACAUAUACUUGUUUAUUCAUAAUCUGUAAUGCUUAGGAAUAUGAAAAGUACUUCUAACCAUGGUUGAAUUCAACUAAAUUUUUUUAACCUCCUCUUAAAAGUUCCACUGAUCCAUCUCAUUCAAUGGCAAAAUUCCAUGUUAAAAGGAACAUAAAAACAAACAUGCACACAACCACACAGUUUUCAUAAAGGUCUAUUUCAUUAUUGGUGGGUAGCAGAUUUAACAGUUAAAUACAUUUAAAUAAUGUAUAGGUGACUGCAAGACUGCAGCAUUGGUAACUAGAUAACCAAUUCAACUAGAAACCAGCUAACAAGUAACUGUCUAAAUAUUUAAAAUACAGCUCUUGUUUAGAUCAUCCUUUGUUCUGAUCACCUUCUUUGUGGGAGGAAAGCCUGCUGGUCAUACUGGAAAUAAUAUUAAGGCCAAAUCUUUCAGACAUCCAUUUCCAGAGGUUUCUUUUGGCUAGAUUAAGCCUCCAACUCCAGGGCAAGCCCAAGCUUGUGGCCUCCAGCAUUAAUGCUCUUCCCAUCUACCAGCGCAGACAGUGUAAGCUUCACACCUGUAAACAAGAGGACAACCACGACAUGCCUGAAACACUGCAUGAGAGUCUACAGUCUUUAAUAAUCACCCCAGAGCCCGCCUGUCACUUUUCUUCAAAACUGAUCUACCAGAGACAGCCACCAGAGGGCACUUGGGAGUGUCUGAGAUACCACAGAGAAUGUUGGCACUGUCCUUGGUAAACCAAGUCAAGAGCUUAAAAAUGUUAAUAAAGUUCAAAGUGUUCUAGAAAAUACAA